AUGUUCUCUGAUUUCGCCUCAAAGGGGCUACUGCUCCUCUAUGCGGGCCUUGCCGUUGCAAAUGGUGCACCACCCCUCUACAAAGAUCCAAAGGCGGACAUCAACCAUCGUGUUUCUGACCUUUUGGGGCGAAUGACCAUUGAGGAGAAAGCGGCGCAGUUAUUGCAGGGCGGUAUGUCCGAUUGGAUGGAUACAAACACCGGGCAGUUUAAUUACACAGGCCUGGAACAAAGCAUCAAGACAAAGGGUGGCAUGUUCUAUGUUGGAUACCCAGUUCCAUGGGACUGGCUUGCAACCAACAUCAAAAAGGCGCAAGAUUACAUCAAGGAAAAUACCACCCUCGGUAUUCCUGCCAUUGUUCAAACUGAGGGUAUUCACGGCUUCUUGGUCCCAAAUGCGACCAUCUUCAACUCCCCUAUUGCAUACGGAUGCUCCUUCAACCGAGACUUGAUCCACAAGAUGGGAAAGGUUAUUGCCCAGGAGGCUCGUGCCCUGGGUGUCACACAGGUGUUCGCUCCAGUUGUUGACCUUGCUCGCGAGCUACGCUAUGGCCGGGUCGAGGAAACAUUUUCGGAAGAUCCUUACCUGGCCGGCGAGAUUGGAUACCAGUACGUCACUGGGGUCCAAAGCCUCAAUGUCUCUGCAAUGGUUAAACACUUUGCGGGAUUCAGCAUGCCAGAGCAGGGCCUCAAUACUGGCCCUGUUCAAGGGGGUGAGCGGCACUUGAGGACUACUUGGCUCCCGUCUUUUAAACGGGCGAUCGUCGAUGGCGGUGUUUGGAGUAUCAUGAGCGCAUACCACUCGUACGAUGGUAUCCCGGCCGUUGCAGAUGAGCAUCUUCUUACGGACAUCCUUCGCAAGGAAUGGGGCUAUGAGUACUUCGUGAUUAGCGAUGCUGGAGCAACAGAUCGCCUGUGCAAUGCCUUCCAUCUCUGCCAAAGCUCUCCACUUGACAUGGACGCAGUGACGCUUAUGGCCCUUCCUGCUGGCAAUGAUGUGGAGAUGGGUGGUGGCUCAUACAACUUCCAAAAAAUUCCGGACCUGGUUAAGUCGGGCAAACUUGACAUGAAGACUGUCGACACUGCAGUCUCCAGAGUGCUCCGUGCUAAAUUUGCUAUGGGUCUGUUUGAGAAUCCGUCCCCAGGUGCCCCACCGGAGGAGUGGAAAAAUCUUAUUCACACCCCGGAGGCAGUUGGCAUUGCCAGACAGCUCGACAAGGAGUCUAUUGUUCUACUGGAAAACCACGGCAAUGUUCUGCCCCUGAAGAAGUCAGGAGAUAUCGCCGUCAUCGGCCCAAUGGCGCAUGGGUUCAUGAAUUAUGGUGACUACGUCCCAUAUCGAAGCCAAUACCGCGGUGUCACACCGUUGGACGGAAUUAAAGCUGCUGUCAACGCAAGUGCCCACGUCCACUACGCCAAGGGAUGCGAAAGAUGGAGCAAUGAUCAGUCUGGUUUUGCGGAAGCUAUUGACGCGGCCAAGAAAUCCGAUGUUGCCAUCGUUGUCGUGGGAACUUGGUCGCGCGACCAAAACGAACUCUGGCAAGGCCUGAACGCAACCACCGGCGAGCACGUGGACGUCGAUGACCUUUCCCUGGUCGGAGCGCAAAGUGCACUUGUCCGAGCCAUCGUCUCCACUGGUAUCCCUACUAUCGUCGUCCUCUCUAGUGGCAAACCGAUCAGUGAGCCCUGGCUCUCUAAGAGUGCUUCCGCGCUCGUACAACAAUUCUACCCGUCAGAGGAAGGUGGUAACGCCCUUGCAGAUGUUCUUUUUGGAGACUACAACCCCUCAGGCAGGCUAUCAGUUUCCUUCCCUCACUCUGUCGGUGACCUCCCCGUUUACUAUGACUUUUUGAACUCUGGCCGAUCACCGACCGAGUGGGGGAGGGACUCUGGUUCUAUCGGGGAAAACGGCGAGCUUGUCUUCGGCCACCAGUACGUCCUAGGGACUCCUGUGCCGUGGUAUCCAUUUGGGUACGGACUGUCGUACUCUGACUUCGAGUAUGGACAAGUCACCUUAGACAGGCAAACUGUCUCAAGAAAGGAUACAGUGACGGUAAGUGUGGAUGUGAAAAAUACACAAGGGCAGGAUGGAGCAGAAGUCGUGCAGGUUUAUGUGGUGGAUGAAAUAUCAUCCGUGGCAGUGCCGAAUCGGUCGCUUAAGGGAUUCGAAAAGGUCUUUAUUCAUGCUGGCGAGACGAAAACUGUGAAGAUCCAACUGAAAGUUGAGGACCUCGGCUUGUGGAAUAGCCGGAUGAAGUAUGUGGUUGAGAAGGGAUCGUUCCAGGUGCUGGUGGGGCGUAGCUCUGCCGACAUUCGAGGAAAUGCCACCUUCCAAGUGCAGUAG